AUGACCAGCUCGUACGGUAAACUUCUUAAGAACAGCUUAGUGGUGCUGAAAAUACAGGUGGUUAUGAAAACAUUCACGCUGCUCACAUUACUCAGCGAUGAAUCUGUAGGAGUGACUAUUAUCAAUGAGGACAAUAAAGAGGCCAUUGCACUCAUCAAGUCGACGAGCUACGGCAUUCGGAUUUAUAUCGGAUGGAGUCGAGGGUUGUACGUCAAGACGAGGAUUUGGUUCACCGAUUUACUCACAAAGCGUCUCACAACAAAGCGGUUCCUCUUUCUUCAUGUUGCAAAAGUCAAGAGCAGUAACUCAAUGUGA